AUGUACCGCCAGAUUCUCCUUCAUGAAGAGGAUCGUAAUCUGCAGCUCAUACUGUGGAGAGAAGAUGAGUCAAAACCUUUAGAAACGUAUCGAUUAAAUACUGUCACUUACGGGUUUAAAAGUGCCAGCUAUUUGAGUACUCGGUGCCUUUGGCAACUGGGGGAGGAAUGCGAUGACGAUCUCAUAAAAACAAUUAUUCAACACGACUUUUACGUUGAUGACCUAAUAACUGGUGCAGAUGAAGAAGACACUCUUCUCUAUAUACAGAAGUUCGUAGUUGAAGCACUAAGGAGAGGGUGUUUUAAUUUAAGAAAAUAUAGAUCAAAUUCAAAGGCAAUUUAUCAGUCUGAUGUAGUCGAUUCAAAGGAUAAUUUAAGCAUUAGUAAUUCAUUAAAUACGUUAGGGUUAGGUUGGAAUUCCAAUACAGAUAAUUUGCAUGUUUCUAUACAGAUACCUUCAAGUAAUGUGUUAACCAAAAGAUUCAUAUUAUCUUCAUCAUUUAAAAUUUUUGAUCCUCUUGGGUUAUUGAGUCCAUGCAUAAUCAAACCUAAAUUAUUAUUACAACUUUUAUGGACUGAAAAACUAACUUGGGACGAACCAGUCUCCGAUCAUAUUAAUUUCGAAUGGAAAAUAUUUGCUGAUAAUUUGCAUUGUUUAAAAUCACUAGACAUACCUAGACGCACACUUUGUGAUUCACCAUCAUCCAUUGAACUGCAUUCUUUCAGCGACGCAUCUCAGUCUGCAUAUGGGGCGUGCCUAUAUAUGCGAUCCCUUGACUCUCUAGGUAAUGUUACCGUUUCUUUGUUAUGUGGAAAGUCCAAAGUGGCCCCAAUAAAACCAAUGACAAUACCACGGCUUGAGCUGUGCGCCGCCUUAUUGUCUGCAAGACUGGUAAAAACAACUAUUGAUUCUUUAAGAUAUCAAAAUGUACGUCUUAUUCAUUGGUGUGACUCUAGUGUUGUCCUUGGGUGGCUCCGAGCCAACUUCAGUAACUUAAAAACUUUCGUAGCCAACCGAAUUGUUGAAAUUUGCGAGUUAACAGAUGCUAAUUCUUGGCGUUAUGUUCCAUCCUCUGAGAACCCUGCUGAUCUUAUAUCAAGAGGAGUACAACCCAAUGAAAUUGUUAAUAUGUCAUUGUGGUGGUCAGGGCCUUCAUUUCUUUUAAAACCAGAGUGUGAAUGGCCACAAUUAAUUAAAAAUUCAGAUUCUACUUUACCGGAAAUAAAAUCACAUACAGCUACAAUAAAUUCAGUGGAUCCUGUCAUAAAUAUAGAAAAUUACUCUAAGCUUAAUAAAUUAAAACGCGUAGUAGCAUAUGCCCACAAUUACUGCUCGCUUCUGUACGGGAUCAGAUAUGGCCUAUCAAUGGUCGACGCUUAG